AUGUUUAGGAGUUCCACUAAACAAGCACUUGGCAAACCAAAUCUCCGACCAACACUUUACACUCGAAAUGGACACUUGUUUAUUGGCGCAGCCUAUGAUUGUAAUGUCACAAUAGUUACAAAAGGUUUGCACGUAAACGAUUUAGAUGUAAUGACCGUUUUAAAAAAGGCUCACAAUGCUUUAAAAACGGAAGAAUCAUUUCAAAGGUCUGCCGAUAGUUACCAAGACAGACUAAAUAUGAUAGAACAAAAGCUUAUGUUUUAUGAAACUCACAGUACCAGUGCUAACCGUUCAAUUGUUGUUCCCAAUUUUCCAAACGUAAACUGGUUCAGCAUAAACAGAAGAAUUAAUGGUCUAAGACGAAGACUAAAUAAUCUGCGAAAUCUUCUCCUUGAUGAUGAUUGUAGGAGCAACCCGUGUAAAAAUGGUGGUACUUGCAUCGAUAUGUUUGCAAAUUUCCGCUGUCUGUGUCCACCACAGUGGGAGGGUUCUACGUGUGAAGACGACGUCAAUGAAUGUAGUCGAUUUGUUGGAACUGACUUAGGUUGUCAGAAUGGCGCAAGUUGCGUUAACAAACAAGGAUCUUAUGAGUGCUUAUGUUUAUCGGGAUGGUAUGGAGUACAUUGUACAAAAUCUUCUGCAACAUGUAGUUCUGGCUCAACCGAACUUUGUGGACAUGGGAUUUGUGUACCUCAAAAUAAUGCGAAAGGAUAUAAAUGUAUAUGUGACCAAGGAUGGACUAUAGAUGCAACAACUCUAGCUUGUACUGUAGAUGUAGAUGAAUGUAAAUUAAAUCAUCCACCCUGUUCAACUAAUCCUAUAGUACCAUGUAUAAAUACACCAGGCUCGUUUGCAUGUGGUUCUUGUCCUGCAGGAUUCACUGGUAAUGGGUAUUAUUGUGCUGAUAUAAAUGAAUGCGAAUCAUUCAAUGGAGGAUGUAGCACAAAUCCAAUGGUUCAAUGUAUUAAUUCUUAUGGCUCUAGCAGUUGCGGAAUGUGUCCUCCAGGAUAUUUUGGAGACGGUAAACAAUGUGAAUUUAAAGGAGUUUGCAAUGUAAAUAACGGAGGUUGUCAUUAUUUGGCACAAUGUCGAAACAAUCCAAGUAUAAGCUCAACGUACGUAGAAUGUGUUUGCCCUCCUGGUUACAUAGGCAAUGGCAUAGGACCUAAUGGAUGCACUCGCUUAUCUGGAGACUCGUUCAAUCCCUGCAAUCCAAAUCCUUGCAAAAAUGGCUUGUGCUUGAGAAAUACUAACUCCACUGACUAUGUAUGUAGAUGUCGUCCGCCAUUUACUGGAAGAAACUGUGACAUAGAAAGGAAUCCGUGCGCCACAAAUCCUUGCCAAAACGGAGGAACAUGUCAAGUGUUUAUUGUUUAUGCUAGAUGCGUCUGUCCGCAAGGGUUUACCGGACAUUUUUGCCAAAAUGAAGAACCAGCCUGUGGUGGCCGUUUGAAUGCCGAGGAAGGCGUGUUAAAGUAUCCUCCGUCUGAUUACAACAACUAUAAACACAGUGUCAGCUGUGCUUGGACCAUUGAAACCAAUUCUACCAAAGUUUUAAACCUUACAUUUACAAAGUUUGACAUUGAAAAGUCACAUGCUUGCAAAUUUGAUUGGCUUCAGAUUCACGACGGAAUGAAUUCGGCAUCCCAUAUUAUAGGUAGAUUCUGUGGUAAUGAGUUUCCGAAUAAUGGGACAAUAAUUUCUACACACAAUGUCAUAUACAUUUGGUUUAGAUCGGAUCAUACCAUUUCUAAACAUGGUUUCGAAUUAAAUUGGACUACUGUUGAUCCAGUCUGUGGAGGCUUCUUCAAUAGUCCCCCGGAAUUUGGUAACAUACAAUCUCCAGGAUCUCCUGGUAAUUACCCAUUAAAUAGAGACUGCAUCUGGACAUUAACUGCCCCUCCCAAUAAAAGAUAUCUGUUCCAUUUCUUUUCAUUGAUUAUUGGAGACAAUCCAGAUUGUAGCAAGGAUUAUUUGGAAUUUAAAGAUGGAGACGAGUCACUCUUUGCAAAGUUUUGUAAUACUUCUCAUCCAGCACCGUUGUACUCGUCUGGCCCAGUAGUAAUAAUUCAUUUUCAUUCCAAUGACGUAGACAGCUACCCCGGUUUUCAAUUAAGUUAUUCGGUCAUUGAUGGUUUACCUGGUUGUGGUGGUGUUUUCACAAACAGCAUUGGAGAAAUACACUCUCCCACAAUUGAUGGAGUAUACCCCCCAGAUUUGUUCUGUGAAUAUAAGAUUAAACGCAAACUACAAUCAAGAAUUAAGCUAUCUUUCAUCAGCUUUAACAUGGAAGACUCAGUGGGUUGCAAAUUUGACUAUGUAUCGAUACAUGAAGGUCCUGACGUCAACUCACCUCUAAUAGGACGUUAUUGCGGAAGUGAAAUACCUGCUCCAUACAUUUCACAUGGAAAUGAAAUAACAAUAAUUUUUAAAACGGAUUGGGCAACUAGUAUGGGAGGUUUCCGUUUAAAAUAUCAAACUGUUUGUGGAGGAAUGUAUUCGGACCCAAGUGGUAUAAUAGAGUCUCCGAAUUAUCCUGGAAGGUAUGACGCAGGUUCAUCGUGCAUCUAUGAGAUAAUUCAAAAGCCAGGAUAUAUUAUAUCAUUGUCAUUUAUUGACUUAAAUUUGGAACAAAACUCACAACCGGCUUGUAUCUAUGACGCCAUUGAAGUUAGGGACGGUGACAAUGCAAACUCAACCUUAAUUGGACGCUUUUGUAAAGGUCCAAUACCAACCAUCAUGUCAUCACAUAAUUAUCUAUGGAUAUCGUUUAAGAGUGAUUUCAGCGUCGAUGGGCACGGUUUUCGGGCAAACUACUCCACAACCUUUAUUGGAUGUGGAGGCAUCCUUAAGGAAAAAGUAGGCUCAAUAGCAUCGCCCAGUCAUCCAACUGGGUAUCCAUCAGAGAAAAAAUGUACAUGGAUAAUAUCUGCACCAAAAAAUCACGUUAUACAGUUAACGUGGGUCACAUUUCAUUUGGAAUAUAGUGUUAACUGUGCGUACGACAGCAUUACGGUUUACGACAACAAUACUGGUCCCGGAUUGGGUGGUUUGAUGGGAAAGUUUUGCGGAAAUACCCCUCCAGAAACCAUGUUCUCUUCCUCAAAUUUGAUGACCAUAGUAUUUGAGUCUGACACUUCUAUAAGUAUGGAUGGAUUUUUGGGAGCUUAUUCAUUUUUACCAGAAAAUCAAGUAUGUGGAGGAAACUAUUUAACUCCUGCUGGUGUAAUAAAAUCUCCUCAAUAUCCAGAUAAUUAUCCAAUAGACAAAAAGUGUAUUUGGAAGAUCACAGUUUCACCUGGCAAUCAAAUUUUAUUGAAUGUAACAGAUUUCAAAAUUGAGUCCUACAUGAACUGUAGAUAUGAUUGGUUGGAAAUAAGAAAUGGUGGUUCUUCUGCAUCACCACUGAUUGGAAGGUAUUGUGGUUCAUCAAUUCCAAAGAUAAUACCGUCGCAUUCUAAUCAACUGUAUCUGGAAUUUAAUUCUGAUGCUACCAAAACUGGACAUGGCUUUAAGAUUAAAUGGAUGUCAACAGCUACAGGAUGUGGAGGAUCACUAAUUUCCCCGAAUGGUUCAAUUAUAUCACCAUAUUAUCCUGAACCUUACAGCAGAAACACAGAAUGUUAUUGGAAAGUAACUGUGAGUGCUGGUUCUGUCAUUAGAGUUAUAUUUGCUGACCUAGAUUUGGAAAAACAUACCAAAUGUCUAUUGGAUUAUGUAGAGCUUUUUGAUGGUUUGAAGUUGAAUUCACCAUCACUAGGAAAAUUCUGCAGACCAACUUAUUAUCCAAUCACAACUACACAAAACCAAAUGUUGGUUAAAUUUAGGUCAGAUGUAAAUUUCCAAGGCAGAGGAUUCCAGUUACAUUACUCCACUGUUUGUACCAAUGAAGUUACUGGGUUUAGUGGUGUCAUUGAAAGUCCUAAUUUUCCAAACAGUUAUCCAGAAAAUCAAUUUUGCGACUGGUCUAUUAAAGUGAGUCAGGGAAAUAAGAUUAACAUAACGUUUUCCCAUUUCAAACUGGAACGACUUAUGGGUUCAGUUAAAACCAACAGUUGUCAGUUCGAUUAUUUGGAGAUUAUUAAUGCGGCUAAUGACGAACAGACAACUUUAGGAAAGUAUUGCACCUCCAGUCCUGGAUUUAUACACAUUCCGUCCGAUUCCGUACGAAUAAAGUUCGUCACCGACAACUUGAUGAGUUCAUCCGGUUUCCGGUUAGAAUGGAAGCUGGAUGGAUGUGGUGGUAUACUAAAACAAGAAUCUGGAAUCAUCAAGUCUCCAAAUUACCCCGAAAGAUACCCCUACUCCUGUAAAUGCGAAUGGUUGAUAGAAGUUGAAUAUGACAAAAGUGUCGAGCUUACUUUGAAUGUGGUGGAUGUAGAAACUGACGCCAUGUGCGAGUACGAUUAUAUAGCUGUGUACAAUGGAAGAAGUGCUAAUGAAAUGGAAUUAUCGAAGAUUUGCCAUCAAAAAAAACCUACAGUUAUUAGUAGCUCGGGCAAUAAUAUGUUUGUACAAUUUGCAUCAGACAUUUCGAACCAAGGCAAAGGAUUUUAUGCUACCUACAAGACCAUCGACUCAAAAUGUGGAGGAAAGAUGGUUUCCAAAACUGGAACUAUAGCGUCUCCAAAUUACCCUAAGAACUACAAUAAAAAUGACACAUGCGAAUGGCUAAUUGAAGUCGACGAAAAUCAUACAAUUGAGUUAGAAUUUGUAGACAUAGAUUUGUAUAGCCCUUCUUGUGAUUCAAGUUAUGUUAAGGUAUUUGAUGGACCCUAUGCUUCAUAUCCUACGUUGGUUACUGCAUGUGGGUCACAAAAACCCAACGGCACAAUUAAAUCAACCUAUAAUCAAAUGUACAUCGAGUUUAAAGGCCAACCCGUUUAUACAUCAAAGGGUUUCCAAGUUCGCUACUCGAAGUCUUGUGGUGCCCGAAUUGAAACUUCCAGCAAUGGAAAUAUUGAAGUCGAUGGACCAGUAGAAGAUACUUGCACGUGGACCAUUGUUGCUACAAAACCAAGUGAUCGACUUUCAUUGACGUUUUCCCACCUGGAACGCCUAACCGAAUGUGAUUCAGAAUAUCAGUUACCUAGAAUCGCUGUUUACAAUGGCGAAACGAGUGACUCACCCUUAAUUAGCGAAUACUGCGGUGACAAAGCUCCCCCAACCAUUUACAGUGAUGGGGCAGCAAUACACUUGGUUGUAAAAGAAGGAGUGCACUUCUUUGCUACUUACCGUGUUGUCGAUAGCCAUUGUGGUGGCACUUUAAGCAACAUAAAUGGAUACAUUUCUACUCCUGGUUAUCCUAGAACUUAUGCUGUCAAUACUCAGUGUGAGUGGACCAUCGAUGUUAGCCCAGGAAAUCACGUGUCUUUGUCAUUUGAAGAGUUUGAACUCCUGGAAUCAAAGAAUUGUGUUACUGACUAUUUGGAAGUGAGGAAGAAUAAUGGGACUGGUGAACUACUUGGGUUGUAUUGUGGGAACAACGUUCCUACGAAUAUUACGCAUCUUGGAAGCUUAUGGCUGAUGUUCUCUAGUAGUAAUUUCUCGUCCAGUUUAAUAACUGCAAAGGGCUUUUUGGCAGAAUACUCUAUAAAUUUGGACAACGUGUUGACUGGAUCAAAGGGCGAAAUCGCCAGUCCUCUUUAUCCAAAAUAUUCACCAGGAAUAUAUAGUACUUAUAAAAUAAUAGUUUCUUUUGGCAAACGUAUAUUGAUAACAUUUAAAGAUGUUACCUCUUAUCAAUUCUUAACGGAAUGUUACUCCGAUUUCAACAUAUACGAUGGGCCUAACGAAGAGAGUCCUGUUUUAACGAGUUGUUCCAACAUGGAAAUGAAACCAGUAAAAUCAACUUCCAAUGUGGUAUUUUUAAAUUUUAAUUCGUACGUUGGACAACCCUCCAAGUUUCUUUUGGAGUGGAUGGAAGUUGAUAACAAAGUACGAACUAAUUAGCUAACUGAUUAUUAUUAUUAUUCAAAAAAUUUAGUUCCAGGUUGUGGUUCUCAGGAAACAAUUGACAUUAAUGCGCUUAAGGAGUACACUUUAACUUCGCCUGGAUAUCCUUAUGGAUACAAACCUAAUUUGAUGUGUGAAUGGAUUUUUUCAACAACAUCCAUGAAUCAUUUAAAAAUACUUUUCGAGGACGUUAAUUUUUCUUUCCGUUUCACGAGCAAUUUGUGUUUCGGCGACGUAGUUAAGAUUUAUGAAAUGAAUAAUGACGACAAUGACUGGACUUUUAUUAAGAAUGUUUGUUAUAGAAAUAUGACUCAUGAAGAUCCUAUUCGUACCACUAAUUUAAUGAAAGUAGUUUUCCAAACUAAUUCAUAUUACAAUGGCACUGGUUUUAAAGCACAGAUAAAGGAUGAAUGCGGAGGUUCACUGACGGAAAAAUCAGGAUACAUCAUUUUUGACAAUUCAACGAGGAGGAGUGAUGAAUGCCGCUGGAACAUCACCGUGCGUCCAGGAAGAACCAUCAAAGUAACCUUUUUAAAAUUGGAUCUUGGGUUAAAUUUGCACUGCAACAGCUAUCUACUUUUAAGAAAUGGUGUUUACAAAGACUCACCUUUGUUGGGUAAUGGAAAAUAUUGCGGAGACUUCACGCCUGGUGAAUUGAACACCACAAGCAACAAAUUUAGCGUCUAUUACCUGGGAAUACUAGGAACCUUCAAAUUAAGAUAUGAAGAAAUUUCUACUGACUGUGGUGGUGAAAUUACUUUAAGAGAUACAACCGACACAAUUGAAAUAUCGUCGCCCAAUUAUCCCAACAUACCUAAUCCUUACACCGAAUGCACUUGGUUAAUUACUGCGCCUCCUGGAGAAACACUGAAAAUCGAUUUCGAGGAACGAUUUGACCUCAACAUGCACAUAGGUUGCCAAAAGGAGUACGUUUCAUUAAAUGAUGGUGGUACCGAACUAGCUCCUUCGUUAGGAAAAUAUUGUGGAAGAACACCACCUAGCUCACAAAUAACCACAGAUAAUAUGCUAUAUGUUAAGUACUUCACAGAGAUUGACAUACCAAAAAAUGGUUUUAAAGCAAAAAUUUCUGUGGAUGAUUGCGGAGGAACGAUAAGGGGAUUCAAAGGCAAAUUGCAGUUUACUGAUAAAAAUAAUCUUGGUAAACCCAAAAAUUGUACUUGGUAUUUUAUUGGGCUAAAAAAUAGUUUCUUAACAUUAUCGUUUGACUUUUUGGAUAUUAGUCAAAACAACUGUACAAGCAACAGAAUUGUAGUGAGCGAAAAAAAUGUGGCGUUAAAUAAAGUAAAUGUGUUAGGGACGUUCUGUGGUAGAAACGUUCCACCAGCUAUAAACUCAACAUUUAAUAAGGUUCAGAUUGAUUUUAUAAUGGUUAAACCGAAGUUUAUUAAUAAAGGAUUUAAAUUAAGUUUUAAGUCUCAAAGACAAGUGUGUGGUGGAGUUACUAGAGCGGACGCAGGAUUUAUUCAAACACCGGGAUAUCCAACGCAGACUUUUGAGGGAAAUUGUAAAUGGACAAUAAUUGUGCCGAAAGGCAGGAGAAUCACAUUCAAAUUCAUUGAUGCCGAUUUAAUUGGCGGGGCUAAGAUGGUUUAUGAGCAGGGAGUUGCAUUCUAUAACUCUGCUACAUUUACAAACCUAAUCACAGUAUUUAGACCGGGAAAUUCUAUUGAAAAUCCCAUAGAGUCUAGUGACAAUGAGAUGACGAUAAUAUUUUGGUCAAUGACCGGUUCAAACCAUAGAGGCUUCAGGGCAGGAUACACAUCAAAUAAUCCAACAGUGUGCACUGGGGACUUUACCAAAGACAGUGGCAUUAUCAAAUCUCCCGACAUUAACAGUUAUGCAUGCAAAUGGGAAAAUGAACUGGCUAAAAACAAAACAUUGUCAAUGACAGUUGAUAUGUUCACUAACAAUAGCGAAGAUAUUUGUGUCUCUUUGUUCCCAUAUGUUUCAAUUGAAUUUGGUAAUCAGGUCAUGAAAACUUGUAAAACUUCAAAGAAAACGUUCAGAUCGCCUUAUCCAAGGACCACCUUGAAGGCUUCGGUACUUCCUAAAUACAAAGUCAAUUUUACUGUCGUUUACGAUACUCAUGAUUGCGGUGGCGUUUUAUAUGGUGAAAAUGGAAGUAUUUUAAGUCCAAAUUACCCUCACUCGCCACAAAAGUCAUACGAAUGUGCAUGGCUUGUUAAGUUGCCUACGACACAUACUGUUAAGUUAACAAUUAACAAUUUAGAUCUUGGACCUGACUGUGAAAAACACUAUCUGAUUAUACACAACGGUGAUUCCCCCAAGCAUCCAAAAAUAGGCAAAUUCUGUCAAAAUAAUAAACCGAACGUCAUCCGGGCAUCUUCUCGUAGCCUGUGGAUUGAAUAUAAAUACCAAGCACAUUCUGCUGGUACAGGCUUCAAUUUGCAGUACGAGCCGAACAUACACGGCUGUGGAGGAACCUUCCAUGACGCCACUCGCAUAAUUGAAUCUCCUGGUUAUAGUGACCAUAUAAAUUAUAAAGAUAAUACUGAAUGCAUUUGGGAAAUCAGAAGUGAGCCCGGGUACUUCAUUAAUCUUAAGUUCAUAGACAGGUUUUUCAUUGAGGACACCUCUGAUUGUUCCGAUGAUUAUCUAGAAAUAUUGGACUAUGCUGAAAAUAAAUGGGUAUCACUUGGUAAAAAAUGUGGACGCAACAUACCUCACGAUAUUCGUUCUACCGGAGAUAAAAUGAACAUUAUAUUUAGAAGUGGCAAUAACAAAAUAACUGGCUCAGGAUUUAAGGCCCAAUGGACUUUACUUUGUGGAGGUACAUUUACAGCCACCAACACUCCGCAAUAUGUAAGAAGUCCAGGAUUCCCUAUAGCCUACGCUUCAAGGUUAAAUUGUGUUUAUAACAUUACCAACCGUGGUAGAGUUAUAAAUCUUUCCUUCGAAGAAUUUGAAUUGGAGAAAGGUGCACCAGAAUGUGCCUAUGAUAAUCUGACUAUCACUUCUGCAUAUUCUCAAGGUGCUGUCACAUAUUGUGGCACUGACACCCCAGGAGACUUACGACUUAAGGACUUGAUUACAAUAAAGUUUAAGACUGACAGAUGGAUGCAGAAAAAAGGAUUUAUUUUUAUGUAUAAAAAUGAAGUAUGUGGAGGUAAAAUUACAACAGAACAAACAAUUAAGUCUGACGAAUUGUCUCCAUCGAGCACUCAAAGGCAACUGCAGUUUAAUAAUGAAUAUGUUACUUGUAAAUGGGAAAUAGAGGCUCCAAAGGGGCAGAGUGUUGUGUUGAGAAUUCGAGAAUUGAGACUACCAUUAUUGAGAAACUGUCAAUUGUACAGAAUGCAAAUAUUUAAAAAUUUCACUGAAAAUGAAGCUGACCGGCUGGCUGUUUUGUGUGGCGAUCUUUCAGCUGAUCCUCCAGUAAUCCAUUCCCCAUCAAACAGAAUGUUCAUCCAUCUUAUAUAUAAUGUCAGAGGACAUGGGUUUGAAGGGGACGUUCAAUUCACAUAUGGCCCAGAAGCUGGUUGUGGUGGCAAUAUUGUUCUAUCCAACAGUGGAUCAAAAACAAUUCGAGCACCGAACAAUUUAGAAAAUAUUGAUUGCCAGUGGACAAUACAAAGUCCAUUAUCAUAUGCUGUUAAAAUUCAAUUUGAUGAGAUCAAUUUGGCGUCUUGUAACAGUAACGGCACAAGCUGCGACUGUUCUUACCUAGAGAUUAGAGACGGUGGAGCUUCAUUUUCAAGCUUGAUAGAAACAAAAUGUAGUUCCUCCAAUUCCAAACCCCAGAGAAACAUACUAACAAAUACGAGAUUCGCUUACAUAAGAUUUGUUUCAUCUAAAAGGACAAGCAACGCAUUUAAGAUUACAGUUACACCAGUAAUGACAACUUGUGGAGAAUCUGUUUUAAAUGUGACCGAUCAUGUGCAAAUUUUACGUAGCCCUAAUUACCCCAGUAGCUAUCCAAGUGACACAAAAUGUAUUUGGUUAAUGAAGGCUGAACCAAGGGAACGAAUAGUAUUACAUUUUGUUGAUUUUGAUUUGGAACACGGGGACGAUUCGCAUUUAAGCACUAAUUUGUGUAGGCAAGAUAAACUGGUAAUAAAAGACGAAGACAAUAAAAACAUCAUAACUGAAGGACUUGGUCCACGCAUCAUCUACAAUCGUUCUAAGUUUGGGAUGUUUAAUACUUUACGAGGUGAACAUCAAUUUUGUGGGAAAAAUGAUAAGAUAUUUGACUUCUAUUCUCCAUCAAAUACAUUGUCGUUAGUUUUCACGAGUGAAAAUUCCGUAAACAAUGGCAAAGGAUUUUUAAUAGAAUAUUUAACUGCUGGAUGCAACAGAAAUUAUACCAGUGAACAAGGGCGAUUAGUAGUAGCAGGAGAAAGACUAACUGACUGUGUAACGACUAUAACUUCUCCAGAAAACACUACAAUAUCUAUCUAUUUUAGCAUAUUUAGAUAUCCAGCUUCAUGUGACACUGCAUCACUGACGAUUCGAGAUGGCGGAAAAGACGAUCCCGUAUUGUUACAAGCAUGUGGUUACAGAUUGCCAAAUCCAGUGUUUUCUACAGGAAAUAAAUUGUGGAUUCACUCAACAGAACGCACCCCAUUCCUAGUUUCUUAUGAUUUUACCUACGUAUCAACUAAAAAUGGAAAAGGUUGCGGUGGAGACAUAUAUAAUUAUAAGGGAAAAAUCUACAGUCCCAUGUUCCCUAAUUCAAAUAGAGUGGACACAUUGUGUACAUGGAAUAUUCGUGUACCUACUUCUUUAACGGUUGCUCUUAGAUUUAGAAGUUUUGAUAUAACUGGAGAAUGUGACGUAAAUUAUCUAGAAAUUGUGGCAUAUACUCAAGGAAUCCCAUCGAAACACAAAUUUUGCAGAGGGGAUUUAAUUACAACUCUUUACUCUGACGGUCAUGUUGACAUAAACUAUCAAUCUUCCAUAACGAACACGGGCAGAGGAUGGGAGGCAAUAUUUGAAGGCGUACCAGAUAGGACCCAUUUCAUAUUUUAAAAUCGUUAAUUUAUUUUUUUGGUUUAAUUUAGAAAACUUUCAUUUUAACAUUCUGCUAUCCACCCCAAGAGGACGCUUUGACAGUAUGGUUCUGUAACGAAAGACAGAUGCCGCAGAUGUUUAAAUUUCGUUGGACAAUUGGUCACAGGUUUAUUAAGUAGUUAUCUGUAAUUUAAUAAUCUCAAUGUAUUAACUAAGGUAUAGGUGCCUAUGUAUGUCUAUUGGAGCUUAAUUUAAGCUUUAUAUUAUCUUAAACUUAUUUAUAAAUAUGAAAUUAGUAAUUAAUAGUCAAUUAUAUUGGAUUUUUCAUCUGGACUCAUUAUACAAUUUGUAUGAAUAAAGAGAGAAUAAAAAAUAUAUAAUCUUUAUAUAU